AUGACUCAUACCAAUCUUACCAUCUUCCACCCUGCAGUUUUUGUCCUACUUGGUAUUCCUGGGCUGGAAGCUUAUCACAUAUGGCUGUCUAUCCCCCUCUGCCUCAUGUACAUCACUGCAGUCCUGGGAAACAGCUUCCUGAUGGUGAUCAUCAUCACAGAACGCAGCCUUCAUGAGCCCAUGUACUUCUUCCUCUCCAUGCUGGCCGUGACAGACAUCCUGUUGUCCACCACCACUGUGCCCAAGGCCCUAGCCAUCUUCUGGCUCCAUGCUCAUGACAUUGUCUUUGAUGCCUGUGUCACUCAAGUCUUUUUUGUCCAUGUGAUGUUUGUGGCGGAGUCAGCCAUCCUUUUGGCCAUGGCCUUUGACCGCUUUGUGGCCAUCUGUGCCCCCCUGAGAUACACAGCAGUGCUAACAUGGCCUGUUGUGAGAAGGAUUGCUUUGGCCAUUGUUACUCGAAGCUUCUGCAUCAUCUUCCCAGUGAUCUUCUUGCUGAAGCGGCUGCCCUUCUGCCGCACCAACAUUGUCCCUCAUUCCUAUUGUGAGCAUAUUGGAGUGGCCCGCUUAGCCUGUGCUGACAUCACUGUCAACAUCUGGUAUGGCUUCUCAGUGCCCAUUGUCAUGGUCAUCUUGGAUGUGAUCCUCAUUGCUGUGUCCUACUCCCUUAUCCUCCAAACGGUAUUUCAUUUACCAUCCCAGGAUGCUCGGCACAAGGCCCUCAGCACUUGUGGCUCCCAUUUCUGUGUUAUUCUCAUGUUUUACGUUCCAUCUUUCUUCACCUUAUUGACCCAUCGCUUUGGUCAUAACAUUCCUCGACAUGUCCAUAUUCUGCUGGCUAAUCUUUAUGUAGUGGUACCACCAAUGCUCAACCCCAUUGUCUAUGGUGUGAAGACUAGGCAGAUCCGGAAAAGUGUAGCUCAUUGGUUCUUUGAGAUCAAGGUCUGGUGUUGUGCCUCUCCCCUGGGCUGA